GCUCUGUUCCUUGCUAUUCGCAGCGGUCGUUAAUUUGUCCGUAAACAUUAUGGCGCAUUGCGCUGUGUGUUUCAUGGGGUUUAUUUACCACAUCACAGAUACAUACAACAAUAUAUCCGUGUUAUUUGUAAAGCCAUAUACUGACCGACCAGACCACGACUAUUGCCAGUUAGUCAUAAUAAACAUGAUAAUAUGUUUAUUCUCCUUGAAUAGUUGUACAGUUUUUGUGAUAUUUGCAAAUUUUCUGAUUUUUAUAGCGAUUCAACAAACCGUUUAAUAUUUCAGCGGAAUGAUUUCUAUGCAACCCAGCAUUAGUGUUUUCGACGUACUAAUAGCGGAAUUUUUAUGUUCAAUGCUAAGAAAGUGUUAUUACUAUAUAAUUCAUUGAUUGUUAGGGAUUAAAUAGUGCCAACAAUGGGUAAUAUUUUGGCUCAAUUCAAAGUAAGUGUUUAAAGAACUAUUAAUUGUCCGUAUUGUUGAAUUUUGAGAGUCUAUUGGAGAGUCAUCCCUUUUUAUCCCUGCCAAUUGGUACUAAAUUGGUGAAAGUGAUUUUGAGGUGAUCCGUUUCCAAAGUUUAGUUGUGAUCGGAUGAAUUCCAGACUAAGUCCUUUGGAAAGGAUUUUAUGAUAUCAAAUUAUGGAGGAGACUUAUGUGGGUGGAGCCAAAUCAAAUUAUUUGGCGUUGAAACCAUUAUCUUAUCGCUAAAUUCCGCUGAUAUAUACUUAAUCCAAAAUUCAGAAGUCGGAGGAAGUACUUUUAAUAUGAAGUGCACUUAAUAUACCUAUAUAUAUAUGUAUAUAUAUAUUAGUAAAUAUUCUGCACGGGUGUGUUAAAAAAUACCCAGUUACGGUGCUUAAAUGCUCCAGGAAUAUCAUACCUCCCCCGAAGGUAUGGUAAAUUUAGGAAAGGGUGUAUAUAAAUACUAUAAUUAUGGUACUGAGGGGUAUGAUAAUAAUCCAGCAUAAUCGUACUUGGAGGUGUGAUUUGACUAGUACACUGGUGCUAGGUUUUGCUAGGCCUAGACAAAAUAUUCCAAAGGGCCCUGAAAACAGCUUUUACAAAUUAAUAGUGAAAACUGAUACAUUUUAUUCACCCCCAAAAUCGGGCAUCAGUGGCUUAAGGGACUUAUCCAACUAGAAAUUUAAAAAACCCCUAAAUUAUAACUCCAAAAUUAAAAUAAUGGUUUUUGUUGUUGAUGUUGACCUUUUGUUUAUUUUUUAGUCAGAACUAUAAUGUAACUUUGCCCCCUAUAAAUCAAUCAAAUGUUGACCCCUUCUCUUAGUUUUGAAUUUCAUGUUUUUAAUAUAUUUUUGGAUGAAUAAAUACAUAAAAUAACAGUAAUAUAUUAAUUGCUACUUUUUACAUUAGUUUAGUAAAAACUACAUUGAUAGGUAGGUACCAAAAAAACUGAAAUAAAAAUGUUUUAUUGUGAUGAUGAUGGUUAGCGUUUUACAAAAUAUAGUCAUAAACCUAAAAAUAAUUGUGCUAUAUUAUUUUAAAGAAAUAACAAAAAAAAACAAUUUAAAAUUUGCUUAUUUAAACAAUUCAUACUUGGCAUUUUAAAUGUAAAUAUUAGUACAAUUGUUUGUUUUUUCAGAAAAAUAAGGAUACUAAAGAAGUUUUGAGAUUAUUAGAAGAUGUAAGUUAAAGUAAUAAUGUAGGUAAUUUAUAUAUUUUAUUCUUUUUUCUGAUAAAAACUGUUUCAGGAAAUGAUUUAUAUUGAAAACAUGAUAUCAAAUACUUCACCAAUAAAUUAUUAUAAAAUUAUAUUCCAUUCAGUGGUUUUAUAUGGACUAAUUUCUAUUCUUUAUUAUUUGAAUAUAAUUUCUAAUAAAGUAUUUCAAAACAAUUAUGUAAUGGCUGUUCUUGCAACAUAUCCUUUAAUGUAAGAUUUAUUAUUAUUUUGUUUCUCUCAAUUAUUAUUAUAUAUUUAUUAUUUCAGAGCUUAUUGUUAUUAUAAAUUUGAUGUUUGGUAUUAUAAUCAAAAAAUAGUAGCAUAUAAUAAAAAAUUAACAGAAUUACGAAGAGAAAAAAAAAAAAUACUUGACGUGGUAAUGGAAAAAGAAACGUUCAAAGAAGCCAAAGAAAUUUUAGAAAAAUAUGCUCCCCAUCAACUUCAGUCCAUGACUUCUCAAAACUUUGUAAAUAAAUUUGUAUUUAAUUUUGAUCAUAUUAACUGUAUCAAUUUGUUGGAUUUAGAUUAAUCAAAGAACAUUGUCAUCUACAAAUAAUAGGCCAUAUUUGGCUUUGCCUGGUAGACAAAUAAAAAGAGAACCAAAUAUGGGACCACCACCAACAAUAAUAUCAUCAGCAGUUAAGCCAAGUAUGUAACAUGUAUAUGCAAAAUAAAUAUACAUGUAUAUAAAUCUUCUAAAUGAUCCUUUUUAAAAUUUAGAUCAUCUGAUGGUUGCACAUCUUCCAUCUCUUCAAUUGUAUAACCUGAUGCAUCUGAAUUUUGAAUAUCUGGAUCUAAAUAAAUUACAUAUAAUAAAAAAAAGAGCUGAUGCUGGGGAUAAGAGCGGCUACUGUUGUAGGUGAGAAAUUGGGAAGGUAGGUUACAUCAGGUUAUUUUAUUUAUAUCUGUAAGCAAUGAUGAACCAUUGCUUGACGAAAGACGAUUCCAAACACAUUUCGGUAAUACAUAAUUUGAAGUGCCAUAAUUUUUUUUGCGAUUUUUGUUUAAAUUUGAUUUCAAAAUGCGUAUUAAACAAAAAAAGUUGUCUGAUGAUUUUGGAAAUUUUAUUAUGUCUAAGUAAGUCCACUAUAAGUAUUAUUACAAUACCUAGUUUCAAGUCUUUACGUGUAUUUAUAAUCAAAUUACAGCAAAAAAACUCCCAAAAAUUAAAAUUCCUUAUAAGUUUAAAAGUUUUAGCGAUGAUACCAUAAGAAAGUAAAUCAAAAAGGCAACAAAAAAAUAUCAAUUGAUUUUUUUGAUUAAAUUUUUUUUUUCUGGUAGAAAACAUCAUUCAUAUUUUUAUAAAAUAAUGAAAUUGUGAAAUUGUAAUUUUCCUAUUUUUUUUCCCACUUAAGUGCUUUUAUUUAAAAAAUGGUAUCAAAUUUCAAAAAAUGACCUUGUUAAGUACAAUCUAGAAAACUUGAGCUUUCAGAAAAGGUGCUACACUUAUACAUCAGAGCAAUUUUACUAGAAAAAAACAUGUCCACGGAACAAAGAAGAAAAAAGUAAACAUCUUAGUAAAAUCAAUAGCUCUCUCAGUACGCUCAGAAUCUAAUACAAUUCAGAAAAAAAAUACUUUAUUGUUGGUAAUCGAAUCUUUUUGUUCAGAGUUUACAUUUUCAUUUGUAUUUAAAUCACCACAUUUUAAUGAUGGUUGAUCAGUAAUUUCUUCAAUAGUUACAGAACUGUUCUGUGUAAUUAUAUUGUCACAACUAAUUGUUAAUUGGAGUCUGGGCUUUAGUAAUGGAUUUCAUAGAGAAUACAUACAUACAGAAAUAGAACAAAACAAAGCCUGAAGUAUUAAACAGAUUGUGUGUAAAUUUGUCAAGUAAUAGAACAGCAGAAGCGAACAAAUAUUACACUUAUUAAACUUCAAUAGUAUGUUUUUUAUAUUUGAUAUUUUAUUGAGUAUUAAUUCAAAAAUAAGUAAUUUUCUUCAUAUAUAAUUCUUUAUGCUUUAAUUUUUUCCAUCAGCUAUUAUAUUAUAAUUGAGAUUAGAAUACAAUAAAAACACCAUUAACCAUCGCUCUAUUCACUGAUCGUAAAAAAAAAAAACUAAAUGUGGCGAGCUUAGUAAACUGAGGGUAUGAGCAAUACAGUCUAUUCUAGUAUACUUAUUCUAGCCAUUGACCUAAACAGUAAUUUUUUUAAUAAUUGAGCAAAAUGGAAAAAAUAUGUAGUAAGAACAGGUUAAUUUAAAAUUGUUCACAUAUUUAUGAGCUCUUUUAUUAUUUAAAAAUUUUUUUUUUUGUAAUACAAUUCAGUUAAAAAUAUUUGUAGAGACUUGAAAUUUUAACAGAAACUUAUAUUUGCUUUUUCUAGAAAUGGUAAAAUUUUCAAAACAUUUAAGUCAUUUUUGAACUAUUUAUAGAUAUUUUAAUUUUGUGAGUUUCUUUACGUAAUUUUUAUUUGGUAGGUAUUCUAUAGAUAAAAUUGUUAAGACCAACAGAAAUGCUUGAAAAUUUGAUAGGAGGUUCAUUAUAAGUCAUACUUAGUGUUUAAAAAAAAAAAAUUAAGUGUAAUGUAUCAUUUUUCGUUUUUUAUAAGCUGUAAAAUUAAUAAAAUAAAUAUUAUUACCUUUUAAAACAUAUAUAGCCAAACUUCACUCUGAAUUGUAUUUUCGUUUGUAAUGGUUUAUCAUUGAUUGCAGGUAUAAUGAAUAACUUUAUGUAUUCUACCUUCCCCACUACCUACCUACAAUAGUGGCCGCAACCAAUAUCAUUUUUUUUUUUUUUUUUUAAUAGCAUAACUUUUUUCUAAUUCUAUAUAGAUUUAGCGCUUCCAAGACUAUUAAUACCAAGAUAUCGUACUAUAUUUGAUCGUUUAGCUGAUACUAUUCUUGGUGAUGGACCUCAAAAUCGGUUUGCUUUGAUAUGUAGAGCGUGUGGCUCUCAUAAUGGAAUGGCUCAAAAAGAAGAUUUUGACUAUUUGAGUAUGAAAUUAUAUGGGUGUUAUAAAUAAUAAUUUACAUUUUUACUUUCAUAAAGAUGUUUAGUAGUUUUAUAUUUGUAAAUAAUGCAAUAUUUGUGUUAUGUACUAUACCAACAUGCAUUUGCCUUUAGCAUAUAGAUGUGCUUAUUGUUUUCAAUGGAAUCCAUCACUAAAGCCCAGACCCCAAUCAGCAAUUAGUUAUAACAAUACAAUUGCACAAAACGGUUCAGUAACUAUUGAAGAAGUUACUGAUCAACCAUAAUUAAAAUGUGGUUAUUCAAAUACAAAUAAAAGUGUAAACUCUGGACAAAAAGAUUCAAUUAUCAGUAAGACAUGCAACAAUAAUUAAUUUUGUCCUGAAUUGUAUUUUAUUAUAUUUAAUUUAUUUAGAUCCAAAUAUUCAAAAUUCAAAUGCAUCAGAUCCUACAAUUAAAAAGAUGGAAGAUGUGCAACCAUCAUGUGAUUUAAAUUCUACUAAAAAUUACCAUUUAGAAGGACCAAUUGGUAUAUUACUUAAUGCACUAAAUAGAAAAUUGUAAAAUAUUUAAUUUAGAUAGUCGAAAUAACAAAUUUCAAUUGAUGUUCAAUUUUUUAUUUAAAAAACAUAUUCCAAAGAAGUUGUUUGAUAUUAACUAAUUGUCCAUGUCAUACUUUUAUUUUAGAUAAUUCUGAAGUUCACUAGUAACUGAAGAAUAUUUAAAACUUCUUCAAGUCUGUUAAGAAAAAUCAUAAUAUGACUCCCAAAGGAAGUGAUAUUAUGCUUUUUUGUUGUUAUUCAAAGUUUACAAAUAACUCAAUAAUCUGAAAAUUUUAUUAUUCAUUCAAUUUUAUUUUAACAUUUUUUUAUUUAAAUAUUUGAUCAAAAUUUAAUGUAUACAGGGUAUUAAAUAUCUAUUUUG